UAUAAGGGCCACCAAAGCUAGAUUUCGAUAUCACCUUUCUGCAACUGCGACAGGAUCACAUUUGAAUAACAUAUAGCUUGAUAGUUAAUUCACAAGUUUACUUUUCAGUUUUAUUUCUGUUUAGCUGUUGUAUAUUUUACGAAGAAAUAUUUAACCAAAGAUGUUAAAGCUGUGUGCCCUCCUCUUACUACCGGCUGCGUUGGCUAUGUCAUAUUACGAAGACGAGGCGGCACUCGAUAUGAUAGCCAGAGACACGUCUUUGAAGAAAGGUUGUGGGGGUAAGAACGCCGAUAUCGCCUUCGUGAUUGACAACUCUGCCAGUAUUUGGUCUGUAGAUUUCUACAAACAGAUACGUUUUGUCCAGGAUUUCGUCAAAGUUUUCAACAUUGCCCCAGACAAAGUGAGAAUCGCUGCUGUCUCGUUCGCAGACGGCGUCUACUAUCGUGGUGCGUUCCGAUUCGACGCCUACAAAGACGAAGCUUCCGUCAUUGACGCCAUUUCUAGAAUCAAAUACCUCCAUGGUUCAUCGACGAAAACAGACGAAGCUUUGGACUUCCUGAGAACCAAAGUUUUCCCCGAGUCGCUGGCGAACCCCAACCGACAGGAUGCUGCUCGUAUCGGGAUCGUCCUGACUGACGGCAAGUCCACGUAUGGGGACAGGACAGCCGUGGCAGCAGCCAGAGUCAAAAAAGAGUCCAAAGCACUGAUGUUUGCCAUCGGUGUCGGGAAGAAAGUGUCUCCAGCAGAACUUCACACUAUCGCCUCCGGAGACGACUACGUCUUCCAAGUCGACAACUACGACGCGCUGGAAUCUAUCAAGAAUGUACUGGGAAUAAAGAUCUGUGAAGUGCCAACCACACCGCCACCGAAGGAGCAACCUUGUGGCGUUGUGAACCCUGCUGAUGUCGUCCUCGUCUACGACUCCACGGAGGUUGGACCCUCGGGGAUUUCCGACAUCCAGAGAGGUGUGACCGCCUUCGUGCAGACAGAUGAGAUGCAGAACCCGAACAUGCGGGUGGGUCUCAUCUCAGGAGAUUGCCCCGAGGUGGGCAGCUUCCCGUUGAACAGAUACACCGACAAGUCCCAAAUCCCCAAACUCUUUGACAGCCUGCCCUAUUCAGAGUUAGACGCCCUUGUCGGUGAGCUCCGACGCGACGGCUUCCACCCAGAAAACGGCGGGAGAAAGAACGCCCGCCAUAUUGGAAUCUUGAUCGUCACCGGCAAGCCGCAAAAUCCCAAAGCCGUUAGGAGGCAGGCGGCCAAAGCCAAGAAAGAAGGUAUCGAGCUGUUUGUGGUUGGGGCCGGCAAAGUGGUGGACCCUGGUUUCUUGAAGAGCUUGGCCAGUGAACCUGUUGAGAGCCACAUCAUCUUGGGAUCUGAUUACUCGAACUUUGGUUUGGUGGGGAGGGGAACUGGCUGCCAGGAUAUGUGAGAAGACGAAGAACUUCCAGUAAGACAUCUUUGAACAUUUUUCGACAGAUGUGCCAUUUAACUCCACGUUAUGAAUCAAGGAUCACAUUUCCAUACAUUUAUUUUCGUAAAACGAGUAUUUCAAUUACAGUAUAUUUAAGGGAUUUUAUUUGUCCUAUCGUUUGUGCAUCUCCAUGUUUGUAUCUUUUAUUUAUCUCUUGUUCAUUUUGUAAAUUAUUUAUUGUCCUAUAUUUUCUCGUUCGAAGUGAAAUGAUUUGUCAUUUAAGAUUCACAGAAUACUCUUAAAUUUACAUGUGUUUUUCACGCUACAAAAAGAUGUACUUCAAUAGUGUUGAAGAGAAACCGGUCUGUAUUUUUCUCUUUAUAAGGUUGUUUCCUUUUUGACGACGUGAAGUUCGGCUUCAUGCAUCUCAUGUGCAAUAAAGAUUGAAGUAUU